CGAAGCGUUAUUUAUACCUGUCAAAUGUGAAAUUGUCAAAAGUGUCCGCAGGCUCUCGUUUUUGUCAAUUUCAUUUUUAAUAAUAAAACCCAAUUCAAUUUUAUGGGAAUGCAGCUGUUACACUUAGGGAUAUAAAAUAUCUUUCAUGUGUAUAAUAAUUAAUAUUUAGUAAGGUGUUCAAUUAUCAAUGAUGGAAGUAAUUCACCAAACCUUGCAACAUCAAACGCUGCAAAGCUCAAUCGAAGAUCUGCCUGACGAGGUGUUGGAGUUUAUAAUGGGGUUUUUGCCUCCGUAUAAAGAUUUGCAGAACUGUAUGUCUGUUUGUAACAGAUGGUACGGUUGCGCCCAGAAUGUUUUGCGUAAAACUUCAAUAAAAUUAGUGAAGGCUGUAGGAGAAUUCAACAUACUAUGGAAACAUACAAUAUCAACAGAAAUGGUGCCUACUAUCACAAAAAGAUUCUCACAUGCAGCUUGUGUUAUUGAUAAUAGUAUGUACAUAUUUGGGGGUUGUACUACUAAUGCCACAUCCUUCAAUGAUUUAUGGAGGUUUGACUUAUCAGUCAGACAGUGGGUCAGGCCACUGGCUACAGGGACAUACCCAGUUCCUAAAGCCUACACAUCAAUGGUUCAUUACAAAGACUGUCUAAUAGUGUUUGGGGGAUGGACUUAUCCUUCACUUUCACAAUAUUACCAAAAUGUGACAAUGUUCAAUGAACUGCAUUUUUACUGUGUGUCAACUAAUAAGUGGAUGUUAAUAAAUGCAUCCAAUGCACCACCCCCAAUGGCAGGUCACUCAGCGUGUAUGAAUGGUGAUGAAAUGAUUGUGUUUGGUGGUCUAGUGAUGUCAGCAGCACAGAAUUAUCAAAUUCAAUGUUCUAAUGACUUGUGGGUCUUGGAUAUACCUACACUUGUUUGGAGGAAACAGCCAACAACCAAGCCUAGACCAUCACCAAGAUAUGCACAAUCUCUUUUAUCUUUAGAUUUUGACAGACUAAUGCUUCUGGGUGGAGUGCAAACAUUGCACAACAGGUUUGUCUAUAGUGACUGUUGGAUAUUAACUAUGAAAGGCCCAGUGUGGACUUGGAAAGAGAUUGCUGUAAAAAAUAAGGAGUGGGCUUCUGCUAACAUAUGGUGUAACCCAGCAUGCAGGGUUGGUGACAAAGUAGUCAGUUUAAGUAGGAGUAGAAAUGGGUGGAACAGUGCUAAGCCUUUAGUUACUUCAGCUGUGCGACUGUCAGCUCUCAGUCGGCCAGAGGGAGCACCAGUAUCUGUAAGAGUUGAACAGAGUUUACAAAGACCACUAGACAGAGAUCAGAAUAUUAAUGGCAGACGUGGUGUCUUACCCCGACAACCUGUUAGACAAGCCCAGGUUAAUGUUAACAAUGAACCUGUGGCAGGCCCAAGUAAUGAAAACCAUAAUCAAAAUCCAAUACCACCCAAUGAAAAUGUGAGUCCCGAAAGAAAUGAUGCUGUUGCUGGACCAAGUGCUGAAGGAAGGCAAUCGGGAAGUGGUUUAGAAUUGAGCAAGAAAGACACAUUAAACAGAAGAAACAAAAAUAAGAAUAAAGGUAUGAAGAUAGUUCGCCAGCUUCAAGAAGCAAAUAAGUAUAGGAUGGCUGCAUUUGCUUGUGAUUCUACAGUCAACAAUGCUCCUCCAGGAAAUGAUCUCAUUAAUCAAAGGCAAAUAGCACAUCUGGAAAACAGAAGAGAAGCUCCCCCAGAUCCCAAUCCACCACAAAGACAACAACCAGCUGUGAAAAAAGUAAGAAGAAAUACACUCACAAUGCAUGUAUUGGAUAUUGCAUCUGUCCUUGAUGGAAAUACACUGAAUUAUGUGACAUGGUUGUGUCCAAGGCUUGGUGAAAUGAGUGGAGCUCCUGAAGAAUUGGUUAUGUACUCUCUUGUCAAAGGAAAUGGUGAAUUAAUUAUGUUUGGCGGUGUCCAUAAUGAUAUUAGCAUUUUAAAUUACUCAGAACACCAAAGUAUGUACUCAAAUUCUCUACAUUUCAUCACACCACCCAGGGAUGUAAUUUGAAGUCAAAUUCAACUAUUUCUCUUUGUGGUAUUGACUUUUGUAUCCAAUGUGAAUGGCCUACAAAUCUCUAUUAGUAUAAAAUGUUGUUCCAGUCAUCAAUUCUUAUAUUUUUGGGAAAUGUUUUAUAAAAUAAACAUUGAAAAUAAAUUAAAAUUGGAA